AUGUGUACCGGAGCCUGCUCCAAGUUUAUCGCCAUCCCGCUCUACGUCCUGGCUUUAGUGUCCAUCAUCUGCAACAUCAUUCUCUUCUUCCCCGACUUUAAUACGUCCUACGUAGCUGACGAUGGGGAACCAGGGGGACGUAUCACUGAGGAAGUCAAAUAUAUGUCAGGCCUCAUAGGAGGAGGAAUCAUGGCCCUCAUUCCUGCCAUCCACAUUCACCUGACCAGUGCUAAGAACUGCUGUGCCAACCGCUGUGGGAUGUUCCUGUCCAUUGGUUUCGCAGCAGUCGGUGUGGUGGGGGCCAUAUACAGUCUGAGUGGGGCUUCUCUGGGUCUUGCUAAUGGACCAACAUGCCUCUGGAGCAAUGCCGAGAAUCCCACUGCAAAGUGGGGGAGGCCCUUCGAAAACAGUACCGGGACAUACCUGUCUGACAAGGAAUUAUGGAAGUGGUGUGAACUCCCAGAGGGCGUGGUUGAAUUCAACUUGGGCCUGUUCUCCACUCUGCUGGUGGCAGCGUGCUUGCAGCUCAUCUUAUGUGCGUUCCAGAUGGUCAACGGACUGUUUGGAUGUAUCUGUGGCACCUGCGCCGGCAAGGAGUAAACUGAACUACAACACACCAUGACUUCUUGAAGAAGAAAAGACAUCAUCACCAUCUUUAUCAUCAUCAUCACUACAUGGUGAUGGGUUAAGGGUUUGAGAGUCUUUAUUAACACAGUUUACCCAUUGUUCAGCCGUCCAAAUCAUCAUCAUUAUAAUAAAAUCUUCAAGAGGAAUGACUGGGGUUAUAGAUGAAUAUUACUUCCUUUACUUGUUCAUUGUUCUCAGAUUACACUGAUCGUAGACUGUAGAUGAAAAAACUAAUGUAUGCUGUAUUUGUAUCUGUAAAUGUGUAUGUUUAAAAAAUAUUUUGUAAUAAAGAUCUGAAAAUAAUCCAACAGAGGAGAUACUAAACCUGGAUCAAGUGAGGAAUUUGUCUUCAUGACUGCUCGAGCACUAUACAUUUAACCGCCAGUUUAGACAGACAUACACACAUACAGAAUUUUAAUGUUAGUUAUUUACAAAAUUACAUAAAAUAACAUGAACUAUAAAUGGCAUGUACAAGUUUGCAAAUAUAUAACAGACAUUAUAACUAAUCUUUCUCAUAUUUAUGCUUUCCCUGUCCUAAAACAAAGAAUUAACCAACUUUUGGUGCUAAAUUUUUACUCUGAAUACAUACCACUCCAUAAGAGAAACCUUGAAUUAAAAACUGAUGAAAACAUUGCUUCGUCAU